AUGUGAUAAGGGAGGAGGCUGGACGCGCUGUGAGAGGAUGUGCUAGCGGACGAAGAAGGGAUCGUGCGUGGGCGAUAUGCUGAAGGGGGGUGCGCAUUCCUCAGCGGCCGGUCUAUGUCCCGCCUGAGAUGUCCAAGAUGUAGAGGGGAAAAGGAGGGAGAGGAGGGAGGAAAAACGAGGAGGGGGACAACCGGCCGGCCGUCACGCGCCCCUUCCCAGUUCCGCUCAGAGUUCCGCUCUUCCGCCACGAAAGACAAAGCGCACCCUGCGGAAACGGCGACAGGGCAACCCUGCUCUUACGCCGUGGAACUGUAGGGACCCAAGAGGUAAAGCCCGUCCUGCCAGCUCGCUUGCCCGUGCAGUGCUGCGUCCAGUGAGCAAAGCCAUGUCGACGACAAGUGUCACCGUUGCCGACAACUUCACACCUCCCGCCACGAGUCAAAACCAUAACCUCCCAGUUUUAACAGAAGCGGAAGGUGACCAUGAGAGCCCACCAGAGGAAGAGAAUGAUUUCCAGUUGAUCGACUCGUUCGAGAAGAAGACUGGUUAUCUCCUUUGCCUGAGCUACUUCUUCACGACGUGGAGUGUGAGGGCGGAUGAGUGGGCCACCGCCAUUUUCCUAGCCUACAUCUUCCCGGACACCCUCCUCCAAGUCUCGCUAUACACACUCGUCGUAACGGCCUCAGCCAUCAUCUUCAGCUCAAGCAUCGGGAGGCGUGUAGAUACCGCCCGCCGUCUGGUCGGUAUCCGCGCCUUCCUUAUCACCCAAAAGCUGUCGAUUGCACUGACGGCCCUGACGCUGUACGCCACAUCGGAGUAUCUGAUUGUGCGUGUAGCAUGGACGUACGUGGGCUUUGCGGCGGUGUGCGUCCUGGGAUGCGCGUUGAGGCUCGCCAAUGUGGGGACGACGAUCGCUGUGGAGAGGGAUUGGGUGGUGGUGUUGGCAAGGGGGAAGAGUGGGGUUUUGACUUCGUUAAACAGCCAUCUCCGCCGCAUCGAUCUCCUCUGCAAACUCCUCGCGCCGCUGGUCGUCUCAGCAAUCAACAUCAAAGCGUCGACUCCAACCGUCAUGCUCGUCGUCGCCGCCAUGAGCAUCGCUACCAUCCCCGUCGAGUGGAUCUUCAUCACCGCCGUGUACAAUCGCGUGCCUGCGCUCGCCGUCGCCAAGAGCCCUCGGGCUGCUGAAGACAUUCACAUUGGCGAAACCUCCCCCGGCGAUACCUCACCACCGACCCUGCCAGAAGCAACCCCCAUGUCACCAACACCCCCACCACACCGCACCCGCUUCCACAACUUCCGCACCUCCAUGCACACCUUCACCCACGACCCAACCUUCCUAACCUCCCUGUCCCUCGCCCAGCUCUACUUCACCGUCCUCUCCCUCAAUCCAGUCAUGAUAACCUACCUCCUCUCCCAAUCCUUCACCCAACCCUUCCUGGCCCUUAUCCGCCUCCUCGCGGUGCUCUCAGGCCUCUCCGCCACAUUCGCAAUCAAGCCCAUGGUCGUGCAUCUCGGACUCGUGAGAACGGGGCUGUGGAGCGUGUGGAGCGAGUGUGCUUGUGUGGCGGUUGCGGUGGGGAGUUUUGGGGUGGGUGGGGAGAGGAGGGUGGUUAGCGCGGGCAUGCUGUUGGGGGGCACCGUGGCGAGUAGGUUUGGGCUGUGGGGGUUUGAUUUGGCCCAGAUGCAGAUCUUGCAGGAAUGCGUCCCACCAGCGACCCUCGGCCUAAUCUCAGGCCACCAAACAUCCCUCCAAAACACAUUCGACCUGCUCGCCUCAUUAGCAACGAUAGUCUUCUCACGGCCAGAACAGUUCUACAUCCCCGCGAUCAUGACGUUUGUGGCGGUCUUAUCGGCCAGUCUGACGUUUUCGUUAUAUGCGAGGAGGAAUAGGGGGCAUUUGUUUCAUGUUGAGAAGUGGGUUAGGGUCGGGGGAAAAGGGGGGUGGGGAUGGGGAUGGGGACGGCAGCGGUAGAGGGGUUGGAAAGUGGAGGGGCGGCGAUGGAGCGAGGGAUUCGAUGGCUCUCCGUAGAAGGUUGGCGGUCUUACUACGGAAAACGACAACCCCACAUCCGCUGUCUGACGCCGGCUGCCUGGUUGGGCCCGGGUGCUUACCCGCAGCUCAAGUGUGAAGACGUCCACACCAACUCUGCAUUCUCUUUGCUCACACAAAGACUCUAUCAACAUCGAGAUGGCCAUUGGACAGUGGAUGAAGAUUCGACGCGGCACAAGCAACAAGUGCGCUUUGCAGAUGAUGAACAGACGGAUGAUUAGAGACGAGGGAUUCCCCGUCCGCGGAUACUCUACACGUUUUCCGCCUUCUGGGUUGUAUGUCAUCUUUCGACCAAUUCGGUUGGCAAACGUUGGGUCGUAUUUUCGGACUUUACGUUAGGAAGAUCAGAAUAGCAACUACAUAUACAGUGUACACCCCUGCGCACGGAACGGCGGCGAGCGGAUACUUGUCGAGGUUCCUUC